GCCCCCCGCGCGGCACGCCGGGCCAGCAUGGCCGCCUGCCGGCCCGCGGGGCGCCGGCCGCGGCGCUGAGGGACGCGGGACAGCGCCCGCCAUGGAGGGCAGCUCCAGCUGCGAGAGCCUCGGCGCCGGGCGGGCGGCGGCGCGGCCGCCCAGCGGGGACUCGCUGUCCAGCGCUUCCACGUCACAAUCGGACCAUUCCACUCACACCAAAUCUGCUUCUGCUUUGUCGUCUGACUCCAUCUCCACCUCAGCAGACAACUUCUCUCCAGAUUUAAGGGUCCUGAGGGAGGCCAAUAAAUUGGCUGAAAUGGAAGAGCCACCUUUGCUGCCCGGGGAAACCAUUAAAGACAUGGCUAAGGAUGUUACAUACAUCUGCCCCUUCACUGGAGCAAUCAGAGGAACCCUUACUGUUACCAAUUAUAGACUGUAUUUUAAAAGCAUGGAACGGGACCCUCCUUUUGUCCUAGAUGCAUCUUUAGGUGUAAUCAACAGAGUGGAGAAAAUUGGAGGUGCUUCCAGUCGUGGUGAAAAUUCAUAUGGGCUGGAAAUUGUAUGCAAGGAUAUUCGAAACUUGCGGUUUGCUCAUAAGCCUGAAGGGAGAACUAGACGAUCCAUAUUUGAGAACCUAAUGAAAUAUGCUUUUCCAGUUUCUAAUAAUCUGCCACUUUUUGCCUUUGAAUACAAAGAGGUUUUCCCAGAAAAUGGAUGGAAAGUGUAUGACCCAACCUGGGAAUACAGAAGACAGGGAAUUCCCAAUGAAAGCUGGAGGCUGACCAAGAUUAAUGAGCGCUAUGAGCUGUGUGAUACAUACCCUGCCAUUCUAGCUGUGCCUGUAAACAUUCCCGACGAGGAAUUAAGGAGAGUGGCAUCCUUCAGAUCCAGAGGACGUAUACCAGUCUUGUCAUGGAUUCACCCAGAAAGUCAAGCAACAAUCACUCGCUGUAGCCAGCCCAUGGUGGGAGUGAGUGGCAAGCGGAGCAAGGAGGAUGAAAAGUACCUUCAAGCCAUCAUGGAUUCUAAUGCCCAGUCCCAUAAAAUCUUCAUAUUUGAUGCAAGGCCUAGCGUGAAUGCUGUAGCAAAUAAGGCUAAAGGAGGGGGCUAUGAGAGCGAGGAUGCCUAUCAGAAUGCAGAACUAGUGUUCCUGGAUAUUCACAAUAUUCAUGUUAUGAGAGAGUCGCUGAGAAAACUGAAAGAAAUUGUGUAUCCCAAUAUCGAGGAGACUCAUUGGCUGUCUAAUUUAGAGUCAACUCACUGGCUGGAGCAUAUCAAGCUCAUUCUUGCUGGAGCCCUUCGGAUUGCUGACAAAGUGGAAUCGGGGAAGACGUCCGUGGUUGUGCACUGCAGUGACGGCUGGGACCGGACAGCCCAGCUCACCUCUCUGGCCCUGCUCAUGCUGGAUGGCUACUACAGAACCAUCAGGGGCUUUGAGGUGCUCGUGGAGAAGGAGUGGCUGAGCUUCGGCCACAGGUUUCAGCUGAGAGUUGGCCACGGGGACAAGAAUCACGCGGAUGCGGAUCGCUCUCCCGUCUUCCUGCAGUUCAUUGACUGUGUCUGGCAAAUGACAAGACAGUUUCCUACAGCAUUUGAGUUCAAUGAGUACUUCCUGAUCACCAUCCUGGACCACCUGUACAGCUGUUUGUUUGGAACCUUCCUGUGCAGCAGUGAGCAGCAGAGAGUGAAGGAGAGCCUUCCAAAAAAGACUGUAUCACUUUGGUCUUACAUCAACAGCCAGCUGGAGGAGUUUACUAACCCCUUGUAUGUGAGCUACUCCAACCACGUCCUGUAUCCCGUGGCCAGCAUGCGCCACCUCGAGCUGUGGGUCGGCUACUACAUCCGCUGGAACCCCAGGAUGAAGCCUCAGGAACCUGUUCACAAUCGCUACAAGGAGCUUCUGGCCAAGCGGGCUGAGCUGCAGAAGAAGGUGGAGGAGCUGCAGAGGGAAAUCACCAACCGUUCCAGCUCCUCCUCGGAGCGAGCCGGCUCUCCCGCACAGUGCGUCGCUCCCGUACAGACAGUUGUAUAAUACGGACUUUUUUUGCUGACUAUCUUCCCAGGACCAUGGGGGGCAGCUUUUCCAAAACCUCCUGGAUUUCCAGCAUGGUGCCAGGGACAUGCCAACCUAUUUAUUUAUUUCUCUCCAGGGUAAUUUAUUAGUACUGUAGCACUAGGAAAAGCUUAAAGCAAAAACCAACACCAACAAGGCCCCCUAUGCAAGUACCCUUCUCAGUGGCUAGCUUACAAUACAAGCCAAUUGCACUUGCCACCUGUAAGAAGCCUGGGAGCUUGUUCUUUGUUCACUGAUGUGCUGGAAAUCACUUGGCUUGAAAGAAUCUGUGCAUAAGCAUGAAGCACCAUGGAGGAAAAACGUCUGCUCAGAAGUUUGAAAGGCCAAACCUGACUUUGUAUUGGAGCCUCAGAUGCAGCUGUACCACCAAACACCCUCCUGCACAGCAGAGUGAAUGAGGGCCUUUUCCAGCACACCUGGAAAUAAGCAACAGCAGUGUCUGAAACAAGUCAUUCCCUUCACCUCAACCUAGAUCAUAGGAAGCCAUGUAAAUGAUGCCUUAUUUAAAGGAAGGGCAGCUUCUCCCAAUAAAACACUGCGGUAGAGGAGCAACACUACAGGACUUGAUUUUGUAGGACAACGUUUACUUCCAUCUCUGCAACUUUAGAAUCUCACUUAUGGUUUACAGUGGGUGUGCCAGAAUGCAACUUAAGCACCUUUAUUUCAGAGGGGGGAGCAGACUGUGGCUUCCCUGGGCUUUCCACAGCUCCUCUGGCCUCCAGUGCCUCAUAGUCAUCAGGGGAAAAGGUAGUGGAAUACCAAGGGGCACGUCUGAACUGCUGGGAUCAGCCAUUAUUUUGCUUGGGUAAGCAUAAUUAGCAAUUUUAAUGCUUCUGUGCAGGGUUAUAGUGGUGUACUUAUGGUAUUUCAGCUUUCUGCUAACUAAUGGAAGCAACUGUGCAUCAACCAAAGACGCCUUUCUGCCUGCAUUGCAACUGCUGCUUUAGGUUUUCCUGGCAGACUGAACAGCUUAGCCAGUUUAUAAACCCUACCUUCUUCCUCAUAGUCUGCUUCAAGAACUGGUGUCACUCUACACUCAAGCUGAAAUUCAAUUUUAAUACAAAAAUUUACUGUAGGAGAUACAACACGCACUUGGUGAAACCAUGACUGCCCCCUUGCUCCUCCAAACAGGUAAGCACAGGGUUACAGAGGCGUCUUAGAGCAAAGGCAGUAAAUAUGUGCAAGGUCUUCAGGCUGCUUCUCCACCUCUCUGCCGAGGAGAAGGGGUCCUGCUUGGUGUGGGUUCCUGUGUUGCUCUUUUAGACCAUGGUCACCUGUUUAAUAUACCUGUCAGCUGCUUCACUCAGCUGCUAUUCCACUAGAGAAGGAGGUUUGGAGGGAGUGUAAGAUCAGACCCAUUUCCACCUAAGAAACAGCCUUUAAAAAGCCACAUUCCUUCCAAGGCAGUUAGCAGUCAUUUCCUCCUGCAGUCCCGCUUCUGCCUGCUCUACUGCUGCCAUCACCACGCUGUGCUCAUAGAGAAAUCUACAGCCACCUUCUGACAGGAUGAGUAACAGCCUGCACAGCAUCACCAGGUUUGUUACAGUGUGGCCUGACACCUUAUGGUUCAACAGUGCAAAGAAUCCACACAAAAUACUUUCUAAAGACUUAGAUUUGCAGGUCUGCUCUUACAUACAAUCACUGUAUAAGAUGGUUUAAAGCAUUAUUCUCUAUUAGCAAAUUGACUCUGUGUGUAUAUUUUGUUCCUUGAUGAAGGCUGUUUGGUUUCCUUAACAUUAAUAAAAAAUGGAUAAAUGGAUAAAGUUCCUGUGCUCUUAUUUUCAACUACGUGGUUUUCCAAAGGACUUGCAAGACAUGCAGACAUUAAAUAAAUAGCACUGCAAGUUCAGUGUGUGAAAUCCAAAUUUCUUUCAUUCUUCUGUGGAGGGUCUUUCAAGUUGCUAAUUUUGAAACUCUGAAGUCUAGAAUGACAGAAAACCAAGAUUCAUCUUUGGACACA